UGGUGUGUGGCUGCUGCAGCCUCCCCGGUGCCUCCUCCUCUCCCAGUCCUCUCCUCCCCGCCACAUCCAGCAGCCGUUCAUAUGAAACCCUUCCUGAGCCUGUCAUGGGGUCCGGGUCCGGCUCCCGCUAGUCCUGCGGUUCCUCCAGAGGAGAAGAGCACCUGAAGCCCGGGGAGGUGCGGCACCGCAGCCGCCAGCAUGUUCUGCACCAAGCUCAAGGAGCUGAAGCUGUCUGGAGAAUGUCCCUUCUCUAAGCUGACACAGAGCCAGGGCUCGGAGGACGACGAGGUGCCCGCCAGUGCCGCGGCCGCCGGACCGCCACCUAUCUGCACGGACACCACUGUCCGGCAGAGGAGGCUGCAGGAGGAGCCGCCGCAGAGGAAGAGCAGCCGCACCAGGGUCUAUCUGCACACUUUAGCCGAGAGCCUCCGCAAGUUGAUGUUCCCUGAGUUUGAAAGGCUGAAUCUUGCUCUUCAGAGAACAGUUUCAAGACUGAAGGCAAAGUACCCGACCACCAGAUCUACGUGUGUUACUUUCAAGCUGCCUGCUUUACCAGUAUGUGGAAAAAUUGCUGAGAAAGAGGACUUUGCAAAACUCGUUGUAGACCAAUCAAUUGCCACAGGUAUUCCUGUAGAAGAUAUUAAAGCAUCUCUAGGUGAGGAGCUCUUCAAAAUAUGUUAUGAAGAAGAUGAACAUGUUUUGGAGGUUGUUGGAGGGACGUUGAAAGAUUUUUUGAACAGUUUUAGCACCCACUUGAAGCAGUGUGGGCAAUCCCGACCACAAGAUGGUGGUGGUCUUCAAGAAGGGUCAAUUCUGUGCCUUGAAAAAGAUCCAGAGUUCCUAAACGUAUAUUAUUUUUUUCCUAACAAAAUUACUACUCUCAUUCUACCUGGAAUAAUUAAGGCAGCAGCAUAUACUUUGUAUGAAACUAAAGUGGAAGUGAAGUUGGUUCCACAACGUGUCAACGAUGGAAGUGACUUUAUCAAGGAACCUUAUAUAUUGUAUUCUGUGCAGAUCAAAAAUACAAAACCUUCUUUAUCUCCUUGCAAACCACAAUCAUACGUGGUCAUUCCAGCCUCCAUCUUUUGCAAGACCUUUCCUUUUCAUUUCAUGUUUGAUACAGACAUGAAAAUGUUACAGGUUGGUAAUGGAGUUAAGAGACUUCUAAACAGAAAGGAAAUUCCUGGAAAAUCAAACUUUGAGGAAUACUUUGAAAUCCUUUCUCCUAAAAUAAGCAGUACGUUCAGUGGGAUAAUGACUAUGUUGAAUAUGCAAUUCACUAUAAGAGUUAUAAGAUCAGAGAACACAAUUGAGAAUUCAUCAAAGUUACAGGCAAUGAAUCUGAAGGGCCAGAUGAUCUAUGUUUUUGAAUCAAACUCUAUUCUGUUUCUGGGCUCCCCCUGUGUAGAUAGAUUAGAAGAUUUCACAGGAAGAGGUCUCUACCUGUCAGAUAUUCCAAUCCACAAUGCUCUGAGAGAUGUGGUACUAAUAGGAGAACAGGCCAGAGCUCAAGAUGGACUGAAAAAGAGGUUAGGAAAACUGAAGGCUACCCUGGAAUGUGCCCACCAAGCUUUAGAAGAGGAGAAAAAGAAAACUGUUGACCUUCUGUUUUCAAUCUUUCCUGGUGAGGUGGCUCAGCAGUUGUGGCAGGGACAAACUGUGAAAGCCAAGAAGUUUAACAACGUAACCAUGCUGUUCUCUGAUAUUGUGGGCUUUACAGCAAUAUGUUCUCAUUGUUCACCAAUGCAAGUUAUCACCAUGCUGAAUGAACUUUACACACUUUUUGAUUUCCAGUGCGGAGAACUAGACGUCUAUAAGGUGGAAACUAUUGGUGAUGCUUAUUGUGUGGCUGGGGGGCUGCAUAAGGAUAGUGACACACAUGCCUUUCAAGUUGCCCUGAUGGCUUUAAAAAUGAUGGAACUCUCAGAUAAAGUCACGUCUCCUCAUGGUGAACCCAUAAAGAUGCGCAUAGGUCUGCACUCUGGUUCAGUUUUUGCUGGUGUUGUAGGUGUAAGAAUGCCACGUUACUGCCUUUUUGGAAAUAAUGUUACACUUGCCAAUAAGUUUGAAUCUUGCAGUAUACCAAGAAAGAUAAAUAUCAGCCCUACAACAUAUAGCUUGCUUAAAGAUUUUAAAGGAUUUCAAUUUAUACCUCGAUCAAGAGAAGAUCUUCCACCAAACUUUCCAGCUGAAAUUCCAGGAAUCUGUUAUUUUCUUGAGGCUUUAGAUCAAGAUAUGUUGACCAAGACUUGGUACCAGACAAAGCCGGCAGAGGAUUUAUAUUUCAGCAAAACUAAAUAGACCAAUUUUAUCUAUUCUUGUUGUGUAUAUUGUGUAUCAGACUUUCUUUACAUGACAUUGUCUUCCUUUAAAAUGACAUUCUUAAGUACCAUCUCCAUUCCAGCGUGCUUGUAAAUCACAAUAUUGCUUAGUUGCACACAGAAAUGGGCUCUAGAGAUCAGAUAUGGAAGCUGCCUCCUCUAAGCUAGAUAUUAUUAUUAAAAUUAGAAGUAUUUAUUCAUGUUCAAUAAGGUUAUAUGUCGGGUAGAUAUUGGUUGUUGGUGGUGUAUUUGCAUUAUGUUUAUGUUAAUUUUCAAAAUGUGAUUUUGGCAAAACAAAAUGUUUUCACUGUUGAAACUAAUAUUAUAAAAAAAUAUGUUUAACAAUGUUACAUAUUUAAAGUUUGAGAACAAAGCCCUAUCCAAUCCAGAUUUUUAAGUUAUGUAACAUCGUUUUCAUUUUCUUUAAAUUCACAGUAUUAAAAAGUUAGCAGGUCUAAAAUCUAAGUAAAACUCUAUUGAUAUGAACUAAUUAUUAUUAUAUAUUUUUUUUUUUUUGCUCUAUUGAUUCAUAUAAAGACAAAGAGAUAAUCAACAAACUAUUGUCAUAGUUAUCAUAUCACUGAGAUCUUUCACUUUACAAAAAUAGAAAAUAUGAACCUACAAAGAAACAUUAGUCCUUUCAGUGUACAAACUACAGGCAUGAUGAAUUUAUAGUAUAUAAAGUUCAGUACAAAAAACAAAGCUGACGUCUACCCAGUGAGAAAAAAAGAGAAACUAAAACAAAUCUCUUAUUUUGUAUGGAAUAUGUUACAGGGGUUGUCCGGAUUCAGACCUGAACCCCGACACAACCCUAUCUGCACUCAUUCACCAUGAAUGAGUGGAACAUCUGAGAUUUUUAUACUUUGAUGCUCCCCCUUGCCCUGCGCUGCAUUGUGCUGGACAAGGGCUGUUUGUUCCUAUUUGGACACUGAUAGCUGGGGCUUCCGCCAAGCAGUGGUCUCAAUGACUUCACCGACUCUGAUGGGUGGUCUUUAGCAUUGCCCUAGCCUGUAAACACCUAAAGACCGUCCAUUAGUGCCGGUGACGUCACUGGGCUCACUGCUAGACUAGGCAUUGCAGGGAAAGGUGAAGCAUCAGAGCGUUAAAAGUCCCCAUGCUCCACUCAUUUAUGGUAAAUGAGUUUAGAUCGAGUUGUUCCCCCAUGGACAAUGUAAUCUAGGCAAGACAGUAUAUUUUAUUGAGUGUACACAUUUUAUAUUCCAAAACACAAAAAUCUUAAUGUAAGCCCACUAUUUUUCUUACUAUCCUUGGAACUGUCCAUUUAUCUUGAUACCUGCUAUGAUCUGUUUAACUUUUAAUAUCCACUGUAACCCCGCAUACAUACAAGGUUAUGUACAAUAUUCUUAGCAUUUUCCUAUAUUUUAGAAAUCACACCAAUUUGAAUUGUUGAAUGUUUAGCUUUAUAUUGUUUCUUUAUAUUGAUUUUUUUUAUUACAUUGUUCUAUCUGUACAUUCUAAGCAUAUGAAAUGCUUCCUUCUGUGUAAUCAGUUUCAGUUAUACACUCUUAAUGGAAAAUAUAUAUAUUUAGGUUGCCAAAAAAGAGGCAAAGUUAGUAAGAAAUCAAUUCAAACGUAUCUCUAAAUCCCAAUUUAAAUUUAAACUAAGGUUAUGUUGUUAUUUAUCAGUUUUUCUACAUUUAAUUCAUCUGGUGCUAGUCAUAUACAAUAUAAAUAAACCCUUCAGUUUACAGUUAAGAACAUUUAGGCAUCCAAUAUAACUGUCUCUCCCAACCCCUCCAUAAACAUGCAUGCGUGUGUCCUGAGGAGGGAGAGCCAUGCCAAACACCUCUGGCAGUAGGUUAUCUCUUUGAGAACAAAAUAAUCCUUUAGCCCGAUCCUUCUCUUUCCUGAUCCCUGCUUCCUGGGGAGAGUCCGGGGAGCCCCAUCCUUAGUAGAUGAUUGGCUGGUCCCACCAAAAUCAUUAGUUGUGGCUGAUAUACAUCUAAUGUGUAUGGUUAACUUUACAACUGCAAGAUUAUUUAAAAGCCUUAGUCCUUUGCACCCUACCUUAGAUAAACAGUAUCUAAUCUGUAUAAAAUGUUGAAUACUUUUGUAAAUACUUUUUACGUUAUAUAUUAUAUACUGGUACACAGUCACAGGCUGUAUUAUAGUCUAAAGUUACAUUCAUUAUUGUGUGCCAGGACGCAUCCAUUUGGCUCAGUUUCAUCAGACAGACACCAAAACGUGUCCGUCUUCAAAGCGGAAUGGAGACUCAACUGAUGAAAACUGAUGCAUUCUGAGCGGAUCCUUUUCCACUUAGAAUGCAAAAUGAUCUGUUUGGACCGCUUGUGAGAGCCCUGAACAGAUCUCACAAAUGGAAAGCCAAAACACGAGUGUUAAAGUAGACUUAGCUAAACUUUGUAGGGAAGGAGCACAUUUAGUUUCAGAUAACUAUAUGGUGUGUCUGGUGUACAGAUACCACUUCUCAGAAUGCAAACCCCCCAGAACUAGCUUUGUACAGCAUUGAAUAAUCAAGGAAUAUCAGACUAUUUAAGCUCUGAAGUCUGCAGAAUUGUGGAUGUAGCUCUGGACUAUAAUAUAGGUUGUAACUGUACUGUAAACAUGAAAAGUACCUUAUUUUAUGAUACACUAUACUCUUAUGUUUAAAUAAUAAGGUGAUAGAUUUUGGGUGUUUGUUGAAAAUUACCCUAUUAAAGCUGGUCUUCAUUUGUUAGUGUAAUAUAUUUUUGUGAUCUUAUAUCUAUUUAUAAUAUUUGACACUUCUAUAUAUACAAAUAAAUACAUGUUUACCUGCAUGCUAUAAAGAAAGUAUAUUUUAAAAAUAGUAAUUUAUAAAUGUUAAGCUUUGUUGAAUAUUAUUAUCUAUAUGUAGUCAGUGUCAGAGAUUAUGCAUAUAGAAAUUUAACAAAGUCUUCCUGCUGGUUUUGCCAAAAACUGAUAAAAUAAGCAGCUUCCAAAAAUAAUUUGUAUUUAUGUUACUGUGUUGAUUCUUCAGUUUGUAGAGGUAUUUAAUUGGAAAGUCUUUCAGAAACAGCAAGUGAUUAUGUAAUUAUGUUGAUAUCUCUUAUUAUAUGGUAUAAUGUUGCAGUACAGGCAAUUCUGCAUAACAUGUAUGUCACCAAGAACUUGUCAGCUAUAAUAUCACCGCUAGAAUGUGUUUCUACUUUUGUUCCCUAGAAUGUACUUGUUACGAGACAAGCAUAGGCUUACUGGAUGUGAACAUCAAGCAAUAUGUGCUUUGUAGGUUUAUGAAGCUCAAUUUUGAAAUUCAUAUUAUAAAGUGUAAAUGUCCUAGCAAUAAAUGUUUUUUUAUUCUA